AUUCCCAAAUCUCAAAUCUCAAUUCUCAAUUUCUCAUAAACCUUUGUUGGAAAAUGGCCACCAUCAGUACCGCAAGGUCCAUUUGUCGAUCAUCUCCCUUUCAGAGCCUCGCCACUAAAUUAAUUUCCGGUGUCAAAUCUUCUCGCUCCGUCCCCAGAUCUGCAAAUAACGCUCUUUCUCGUCGCAUCUUCAGGUGUCCGGCUGAACUGAGUGUUUGUUUGGAGACAAUGCAGCCUUUUCACACGGCAACUGCUUCUGCGUUGAUGACUUCCAUGCUUUCGACCUCGUGUCCUUGCCAUGGUUGGGUUUCAGAUGACAAGUAAUGACGAAGCAUCAGAGAAGCAAAACAUGAUGCCACACAAGAAUAUAGCUAAAUGGCGGCUCUAUUCAAAAUUCAGCGAAGAGGAUUCCAUGUGAUGAUAGCUAGAACUUGAUAUGAAUCUCCUUGUAACCACAUUUGAACUCCUAAUUUCAUUAUGGUUUCAACUUUUUCUUCUAUCUCAACUUUAUGUAGGGCUCUAUUUUUGCCCCUUUGACGCAAACAAUGUAUAGAAAUCUUCUGUAGAGACAAGAGCGCUUAACUAGUUUCCUCAAAACCCUACGAGCGUUUGUUUUAGUCGCUUGUGUAGACAAAUGAUGGAAUAACAUGUGGCAGACAGCCCCAUUAUUUUCAA